GAGGGGUUAAACGUAGUUUUGUAAGAAGUAUAAGGAAGAAAUGUAAUUAUGCAAGAAGUUUGUCUCGAAGCGGCGGGUGAACUCAGAAACCAACAUCGAAACGUCGUAGUCACCGAGUUUCGGCCAUGUCAAUCUGCCCAAAGUUUGCCGGUCACCGACGGUGGGUCUACACCUCAAUCAACUUCACCCAUUUGUUCUCAACUACCGCCGGCGCCAGCGCCAGCGCCGGCACCGCCGGCACCGCCGUUGAUGACCCCUUCAAAACCCACCCGUCGUACCAGCACCUCGCUACCAUCAAAUCCAAAUCGGAGCUUCUCCAAUCCUACACCGUUACCCCACCCAUCAAACCAUGGCCCCGAUACCUCUCCCAUAAAAAUCUCAUCUCACUCGUCAAAUCCCAGCAUGAUGUUAACCUUUCCCUCCAAAUUUUUCACCACGCUGGCAACUUCCACCCUGGUUUUUUCCAUAAUUAUGAAACCUACCACUCCAUCAUCAACAAGCUCUGUCGUGCUCGGGUCUUUGAUAAAGUUGAGACCCUUUUAGCUGAAUUGCGAAAUUCUACCAUCAAAUGUGGGGAAGUUUUGUUUAUUAAUGUGAUUCGGAACUAUGGGAUUGCUAGUAAGCCCAAAUUGGCCCUUAAGACCUUUCUGCGAAUUGAAAAAUUUGGAGUUCAGAGGUCAGUGAGAUCAUUUAAUGCUUUAUUGAAUGCUUUAGUACAAAACAAAGAGUAUGAUUUUGUUUACGCUUUGUUUAAGAACAGCCAGAAGAAGUUGCAUAUAACGCCUAGUGUGUUUACUUGUAAUAUCUUGUUGAAUGCUCUAUGUAAGAAAGACGAUAUUAAUAGUGCAAUCAAAGUUCUUGAUGAGAUGCCUGUGAUGGGAAUAAUUCCCAAUGUUGUGAGCUACACAACUAUUUUGGGCUGUUAUGUAUCACUUGGUGAUUUAGUGGGCGCAAAGAGGAUGUUUGAUGAAAUUGUUGACAGAGGGUGGUUGCCUGAUGCAACGACGUACACUAUCUUGAUGCAUGGUUAUGCUAAGCAAGGGAAGUUUAUUGAUGCAGCUAAGAUAAUGGAUGAGAUGGAGGACAAUGGGAUUGGGCCAAAUGAAGUGACGUAUGGAAUUAUGAUUGAGGCAUUUUGCAAGGAAACGAAGUCAGGUGAAGCUAUUAAUUUACUUAAUGAUAUGCUAGAUAAGAGGUAUAUACCAAGCCCAACACUUUGCUCUAAGGUGAUUGAUGUCUUGUGUGAAGAGGGGAAGGUUGAGGAGGCGUGUGAUUUGUGGAAGAAACUAUUGGUAAAAAAUUGUACUCCAGAUAAUACAAUAUUGAGCACACUUAUUCACUGGCUCUGUAAGAAGGGACAGAUUCGGGAAGCAAGGAAAUUGUUUGACGAGUUUGAGAAGAGUUCGAGUCCUAGUGUUUUGACAUAUAACAUGCUUAUUGCAGGGAUGUGUGAGAAAGGAAAGCUGCAUGAAGCUGGGAGGUUAUGGGAUGACAUGGUAGACAAGGGUUGCGUUCCUAAUGCUUUUACUUACAACAUGUUGAUCAAAGGUUUUUGCAAAGUUGGAAAUGCAAAGGAAGGAAUUAGAGUUCUGGAAGAGAUGCUUGACAAAGGCUGUCACCCAAACAAAUCUACUUAUUCCAUCUUAAUUAAGGGGCUUCUUGACUCUGAACUCAACGCAGAAGUUUUAAGGGUGCUUGCACUGGCUGCAUCAGGUGAUGUUGAUUCUGAAACUUGGGGAGUCCUUGUGGCCAAGUUUGUUACUAAUGUUCAAAAUGUAUGUUCCGUUUUGGAUAAGACAUUGUCAGAGAAUGAAGUGUAAAUGUUUGUUCUAACGUUCCUCAUACCCAACAUCUGAUUCUAAAGUGGGAGCAAGCAUGGUUCACAAAAGAAUUACCCAUUAAUGAGAGUAUUGUUCGUGCAGGCUCCCCCUGUGCAAACAUUUCAUAGUUCAGAAGAACCUUGAUAUUCUUUGGACGACAAUGUCGGAGCCAUUUGUGGAAGGAGGCUGGAAAAUGAACAUAUGAAGCAUGGGAUAUGCUGUUUGCCGACAACAUAAAAGGCGUCAAAGAAGUAAAAGGGAAUGGCUUUUUAACCAUGUAUACAGCUCUAGUACUGUAUUACUCUGAGAUAGAGUAGGUUAAUUAAUAUUGUUGUAAAUUAUGUCCUUAUUAUGUGUAAAGGAAAGACAUACUUGGAGAAUCAAUCCCUUAGCUCUUUACAUAAAUAUUUACACUACAUCAUCAUGAAAUGUCCUCUUCCUUUCUUCACAUAUAAGUAGAACGAAAACUAUGACCAUAAGAAACUCUUCUUGCACUUGUCCAAUCACAUUACAACCAAAAGAAGAAGACGAGAGAUAUCUAUGGAAGAAAAGAAGCAAAGCCUUGAAGAAAAAAUGUCUACUUAGAGAUAUGAUGCUUAUGCCAAGCAAACUUGCAAAAAAUUAUCUUGCUGCACAUGUCAAAGUUGCUUCCGGAAUUGUUCCAAUAUGUGGCUAAAAUGUAGAGGGGAUUUCAUUUAUGUCCAUUUGAUUAAUAAAAUGAAUCAGGCGUUCUCUCCCUGGCCUUGUUGGUAAUUUGCUGAGAAAAAACAAUGCUUCAUGAGGAGGCAAGCAUCAUAACUGGCUAAGAUGCCUUUAUCUUCUUCAUUGAAGUUAACACUUUUGCUAUUUCCUGAACUUCUUUCUUACUGCUUCUAGUAUUUCUGUCUUGUUUACAAAGACUAAUUCUCAAGACAGCUUAUAUAUUUAGCCUUUAGUCUAUGACAUCUAACAUCAUCCUGGUUCAAUUCCAAUGUAUAUCCAUUUUUUAGGGUAGGGUAAUUCCACCGAGGUCUUAUAUUCCUAGUAGGGUUCCUAUAUUCUAGCACAUACCUAAACAAAUAGCUUCGUAAUUUCUGCAGCAAAACUUAGCUUUUCUUCACCUCUGUGAUGGUCAUGUGCAAUUCAUAUGUAUGUUAUGAAGAUUUGCACUCUAGAGAUUUGUUUUUCGGAUAAUUGCAUUUUUUGUCCCUCAGUAAUUGGUAAAAUUUUAUUUUGAUCAUUGUGAUCCCCAACAUUGAACAUCUAACCUUCAACAAUUUUAAAUGUUUGCUUUGGUACUUCAGUAACAAACUCUCACAAAGCCUCGACUGCUUUAGCUGUAUGUGUACUUAUUUUAGCAUAUCCACGUUUUGAGGAUAUUUGCUGAGAUUGCUUGGACCUGUUGUUUUUUUUUUGCAAAUACUCACUGCAUGGUUCUUUCUGUGAUUACUCUCCAUGCUUUUCCUGUUUGAUUUGUUUUUUAUGGUUGUACAUUAGAUGAUUUUGUCUUACUGAUGUCAAAGGAAGUGGUCGUCUAAAAUUGUAGGGAAGUCCUUUACCUUCAAUACUCUUUUCAUCUUAUUACUGUUUCUCAGUGAUUGGAAAAUAGCUUUGAAAAGGUCAGGAAUUUUUUCAUUAAGAUUCUUGCUGGUACAUAUAGAGAAUCACAUUGAUUUUGGUCCUAGAUGCAAUGGCUGUUAAAUCUGAGGUAGUUGUAUAAGUUAUAACAAUGGACAAAUGGUACUUCUUGGUUGCAGAAAAUUAACUGAUGGACUCACUGAAUAUACCAGAUAAAUCUGUAAGUUAGCUGACGUUGUUGAUCUUAUAUAAGAUCGAAAGCAAUAACGUGGGAGCUAACUGCAGGGCUAGCUAUUCUGUAACCAUAUUGAACUGAAGUGUCUGGAGCAAGGAGCGAAGCAGUUGGAGUUCUUUUUAUAAGGGUACCAUUUCCAGGUAUAUGAUACUGAGAACUCUCAAGAAUCUAGCUCAUGAUAGUCCUUUCGCUCGUUCUAUCUCAUACAACAUGACAGCAGCAGCUAGCUGAUUUCAAAGAGCCCGUGUGGAUUUGCAGUACUAAAGCAUAAAGUAAAUGGUUCCCUUCAUCUCAACAAGUCAACUUGAGUACAAGAGCACGUUUCCAUUGUACUGAAGGUCUAUAAGAAAAGAAAAGUAACUCAUCCUGUGGAAAUCCUGACCUCGUGGAAUUUUCUCUCUUCAUAAAAGUCUUUUAUGUAUUUAUUUGACACAUGGAACAUCAAGUACGAGCAAUACUGAAACAAAAGUCGUGCAUGUUACACAAUUCAGAAUUGUUUCGAGAGUCAAACAGAAUAUGAAUACUAUUGGUCACAAAAAUUGAUGUCAUCGAAUUUUUAGAAAAAGACUCAUUUAUGUCA